AGAUAAUAUAAACUGUAAACGCUUGAACCUUUGAUACUGACAUCACACAUCCAUACAUGAACUGUGCAAUGCGAAGUAAACAGUGUGAUAUGGCAGUGCAUUAUGAUUUGUUUGGUCGUCGUUCAUGAGCGUAAUUUAUUCACGAGAAAGUACAAUGUUGGUCACACUUCAAAGAAGUGAGAGAAUGUGAUGAAAAUAUUGAAGAAAAAUGCAUAUUUGGAACAGCUGGAUUUUCAAAUCAAGGCAAACUUUUAUUUUAAGAAUUUUGAGGUUAUGACAUCGAAAACAAGAUUUUGACAAUAAAGAAUCAUCUCUGAACCGUUUACAAUUUUUGUAAAAGUUAACUAUUUAGGAGGAUAUGAUAUGAUGAAAUAACCUUGUUUCACUAAAACAUUGAGUGGAAGUAUGAUAACAAAUAAUAUUGUUUAAUAAAUUAUGCCUUUCUACUGCAUCUGAUAUUAAUAGUAUGAAGCCACAUAAAUGCUGGCUAUAUAUUCCUUUAUUGUUACUGCUUGGUAUUGGAACUAAAAUAUCAAACAAUCAAGUGAAUUGUUCUGACAAACAUAAUAAUACUGUAAGCUCUGACAUUCCUAAUAUAAUUAAAUCAUCUUGUCACAAUAAAGAUCCAGAGCAAAUAAAAGUUCACUUUGCUAGCAGAAUUGUUAAAAACGAAUAUAUUGUAGCAUUUAAAGGCUACUACAAACUGCAUGCACGUGAAAAUUAUAUAAAAGCUGCAUUAAAUUCAUCUGGCAUUUACAACUGGAAAAUUUUAUUUCGUGAUAAUUUGGCUAGCGACUUUCCUAGCGAUUUUGACGUUGUACUCCUGGAAGAAACAGAUAAAAAUGAUGGUCUUGAUGCUUUAACCGAUCAUCCCCUCAUCAGAAGGGUAACACCUCAGAGACUCGUUCAUAGAACCUUAAAAUUUGUGAAUGCAUCAGAAGAUGCAGAUUUUCCAGAGUAUAAAAAUUUUAGAAGAAAAAUCAACAAUUAUAAUAACCAAUUUUGGCAAUCAACCAAUCGUCAUACUUCACGUAGAUUAUUAAGAGCUAUUCCAAGACAAAUUACAAGCAUACUUCAAGCUGAUGCUUUAUGGGGAAUGGGAGUUACAGGAAAUGGUGUUAAGGUAGCGAUAUUUGAUACCGGGUUAGCAGCUAGCCAUCCACAUUUUAAGAAAAUCAAGGAACGUUCUAAUUGGACAAAUGAAAAAACAUUAGAAGAUGGAUUGGGUCAUGGAACAUUUGUAGCUGGAGUUAUUGCAUCAUCUUGCAUUGAUUGCCUUGGCUUUGCACCAGAUGCUGAACUUCAUAUUUUUCGUGUUUUUACUAAUACUCAGGUAUCAUACACUUCAUGGUUCUUAGAUGCAUUCAAUUAUGCUAUUCUUACAAAAGUCACAGUAUUGAAUCUUAGCAUUGGGGGACCAGACUUUAUGGACCAUCCAUUUGUUGAUAAAGUAUGGGAAUUAACAGCAAAUGGUGUGAUAAUGGUCUCUGCAAUUGGUAAUGAUGGACCUUUAUAUGGUACACUAAACAAUCCUGCGGAUCAAAUGGAUGUCAUUGGUGUAGGUGGAAUUAAUUGGGAGGAUCAAAUAGCAAGGUUUUCAUCAAGGGGAAUGACAACAUGGGAAUUACCAUCAGGAUAUGGAAGAGUGAAACCAGAUUUAGUUACAUAUGGAUCAGGAGUACGAGGAUCUGCAUUACAAACUGGUUGCAGAACAUUAUCUGGAACUUCAGUUGCCAGUCCUGUGGUUGCUGGUGCUGUGGCAUUGCUUGCUAGUGGAUUUGUCCAAAAAGAUGGAUCCCCAGUGAUUAAACAGAGGGUGACGCCUGCAAGUAUGAAGCAAGCAUUACUUGGCUCUGCACGCCGUUUACCUGGAGUAGGAAUGUUUGAACAAGGUGCUGGUAAAUUGGAUUUAUUACGAGCGUUUCAUUUUCUUCGUUCCUACACACCAAUUGCUACAUUAAGUCCAAGUUAUAUAGAUCUGACUGAGUGUCAGUAUAUGUGGCCGUAUUGUACACAAGCUGUAUAUCAUACUGGGAUGCCAACAAUUGUAAAUAUAACUAUAAUAAAUGGCUUGGGUGUAUCUGGUCAUGUAGUAAAUUUUGUAUGGCAUCCAUACACUGGUAAUGGUAAUGGCGAACGGAUUGACGUGUCAGUAACUUAUAGUGACGUUCUUUGGCCAUGGUCAGGCUGGUUAGCAAUUGCAAUAACAGUACCAUCCUCUGCUCGUGACUGGCAAGGCAUAGCACAAGGUCAUAUAGUAGUUACAAUCGAAUCACCACCAAGUGACGGAGAAGAAACACCAAGACAAUCUAAAAUUGAAUUACCCUUGAAAGCAAAAGUUAUUCCUACACCCCCACGGCAUAAACGAAUUUUAUGGGAUCAAUAUCAUAACUUACGAUAUCCACCUGGAUAUUUUCCACGAGAUGACCUACGCGCAAAGAAUGAUCCACUAGAUUGGAAUGGCGACCAUAUCCACACUAAUUUCAAAGAUAUGUACCAACAUUUACGAAAUGCUGGUUAUUAUUUAGAAGUACUUGGUGCCCCAUUCACUUGUUUCAAUGCUAAAAACUAUGGUACCUUGCUCAUUGUGGAUGCCGAGGAAGAAUUCUUUCCUGAAGAAGUUACAAAACUUAAAACAGAUGUAGAAGAAGAGGGUCUCUCUGUAAUCAUUUUUGCAGACUGGUAUAAUGUCACUGUCAUGAGGAAGGUAAAGUUUUAUGACGAAAAUACUCGGCAGUGGUGGAUACCAGAUACAGGAGGCGCAAAUAUACCAGCCCUAAAUGAUUUAUUAUAUCCUAAUUGGGGCAUAGCAUUUGGAGAUCAAGUACGUAAUGGGCAAUUUACUCUCGGUCAACAUCCUCCUGUAACGUUCGCGUCUGGUACUACAAUUACUCGAUUUCCAAAGGAUGGAAUCAUUAUCUACGUAGAAUUACAUGAUCAAGGACAAGAACUUUUAAUAGAAUCAGAAUCUAGAUCUACAAUGUCUAUGCCAAUUCUUGGACUUUUCCAAACAAGUGGUUAUAAGAGUAUUCAAAAGAUAUAUAAAGAUAAGGAUAAGAACGUAAUCCCAGAUGAAGAAAAUAUAGACAAAAGUAACACGAAAGAUCAAAUAGUACCGGGCAGAAUUGUAGUGUAUGGUGACUCAAACUGCAUUGACGAUAGUCAUUUACAAAAACCUUGCUUCUGGAUGCUUGAUGCCAUAUUGGAGUAUACAACAACGGGCCAUGUUGCCACAGUUUUCACCGAUGAAAGUCGGACUAAGGCAAAAGUUUUGGAGAAGCCUACAACUCUAGAUAACAGUGAACUGCCACAACGUAUGGAGGGUAGCCAUUUAAGACGACAUAGUAAAGUAUUACUACCUGAGAGCGCUAAUACUGACCACAUUCGACCACUUCCAUCUUGCCCUACUAUUACUCUUGCUAUUCCAAAACCAUUAAACGAGUCUGUUCCCAUAAAUCUUUAUAAACCACAAAAGUUACUAUCUGUAGGGGAUACGAUAGUUGCGGUAAAUCCAGUUUUACAAGAUACAAGUCCCUUGUGGCUUAGAAGGCGAGUUGGUGCAAACAUUCCUACACUACACCAUGCAGAACGAAAUAAUAUUAUAGAUGACUUAGAACAAAGUGACAAAAAUAAUAGUGAACUGUUUUCAAGUAAGUGGAGCUACAUCGCAGGAAUAGUUAUUGUAGGGAGUAUUGUUCUGUAUUUAUUAAACCAGUGGAAUUGCUUAAUGUCAAAAAGGCAUUCACGAAGAAAACGAACAGUCGGUAGGUUACGCAGAGUUAUUCAAACAAUUUCUGUGCGCCGAGUGCCUCAAAUGUGAUUUUGUAUUUGAGAAAAAUCAACCAGUGCAAAAUAAUGUUCGAUUAUCUGCGGUAAACACUUAGAAAAUAAUAAAACUAUGUUACGUGCCUUUAAACAUACAGUACUCAACAUAAAUUUAUAAAUUAUAUAACUUAUUUUGAUAAAUUUUACGUGUCAUUAA